AAGAAACAUGGCCUCCACGAAAACACCAAACGGCAAUGCCAAGCCACAAUACGAUCCCGACUUCACCGACAAUGUCAUCAAGGCCAUCGGGCCCAAGACAAACCCACGCAUCGCCGAGGUCAUGACCAGCUUUAUCAGGCACAUCCAUGACUUUGCGCGUGAAGUCGACCUCACAGUCGACGAGUGGAUGAUGGGCGUCGACAUGAUCAACCGUUGCGGCCAGAUGAGUAACGACCGUCGGAACGAGGGGCAACUGAUGUGCGACGUACUGGGGUUGGAGUCGCUGGUCGACGAAAUCACAAGUAAAAAGCUCGUCGGCGCCGGCUACGAGGCGACCAAAUCGGCAAUCCUAGGCCCCUUCUUUCGCAAGGAUACCCCGCCAACGGCCAACGACGUGAGCAUCGUCAAGACCAUGCCAUCGGAUGGAGAGGUGACCUUUAUGCAUGGUGUAGUGACGGAUGUUGCGACAGGCGAGCCGAUCAGGGGCGUCACCGUAGACAUCUGGCAAUGCAGCACCAACGGCCUGUACGAGCAGCAGGAUCCGGAGCAGGCAGAUUUUAACCUGCGCGGAAAAUUCACGACGGACGAGAAUGGUUAUUAUGGGUUGUAUUGCCUGAGGCCAGUCCCUUACCCGGUGCCGUACGAUGGCCCGGCUGGUGAGGUUCUCCAGCUUCUCGACCGCCACCCAUAUCGUCCAGCUCACAUCCAUAUCAUUGCGGGAAAUGAAGAAUACAAGCCCCUGACCACUCAAAUCUUUGACAAGAGCAGCAAAUACCUAGUCGAUGACUCUGUUUUUGCAGUAAAGGAUGAACUAGUGGUGGACUUUAAGCCUCUGGAAGGCAAUCCCAAUGCAACUCUCGAACUUGUCUACGAUAUUCGUCUAGCAGCUGUGAAAUCAUAGUGGGCAGAAAGUUUUGAGGAUUCUGGGGUGCGAGCACAUUCGGCAUAUACAACAGGAAAAAUAACGCAAACAUUUGCAAAGAUUCCUUUUCAGAUGUUUUUGAAGUAUCCAAAUAGUGUUGCCAAGAUGCUGCGCGCA